ACACGAAAACCUUAAUCAUAAAAGGGUGAAUCUCAUUCCUCUUUUUUUUUUCAUUCCUUUUCUUCGUUUUCUCUCAUUCGCCACCUCUUCCCUUCUUCGUCUUCUUCUCCUACCUUCUUCUCCCCUUUCUCUUUUUCAUUCGCAAGGAAGCAUGUCCAAGCCUGUUGUCGAUUACUCGCUCUAUCUAGUCACGGACUCUGGUCUGAACCACCCUUCCAGGACACUUCUCCAAUCCAUUGAGGACUCGAUUCAGGGCGGAGUGACCCUGGUUCAGCUGCGUGAGAAGGAGCUCGACACUGCGGCCUUUACCGAAUUGGCGCGCAAGGUGCACGAGGUCACAAGGAAGUACAAUGUCCCGCUGCUGAUCAACGAUAACAUCAAUGUAGCCCUGGCCAUCGACGCCGAGGGCGUUCACGUCGGUCAGGACGACAUUUCCUGUGUCGAAGCACGCAAAUUGAUCGGCCCCCACAAGAUCCUUGGUAUCUCAACGGGUACACCUGAGGAGGCGAAAAAGGCCCUUGCGGACGGCGCCGAUUACAUCGGGAUCGGAACCUGUUUCAUGACCCAGACGAAGUCUCCCAAGCGCACACUGGGACCCAUUGGCGUCCGUACUAUCCUGGAGACGGUCCCUGCUGACAGCGACCUCAAGACCGUGGUGAUUGGCGGGAUCAAACAUGACAACACGCGUAGGGUGGUUUCGCACUCUGCAGGUGAUAACGGCAGGAUUGUGGACGGUGUGGCUGUUGUUACUGGGAUCGUGAGCGCUGUGGAUGCAAAGGUGGCGUCAGAGCAAUUGUUGAAAGAAUACAGAGCCGGAAAGGAGGCGGCGAAGAAGCAUUUGGAGCGACAGAGUUCGUCCGAGACGGCGACCACGAGUCAGGCGUUCUUGGCGGGACUGCCUCAGUUGCUGACGACGCUUAGGGAAAAGUCGCCGCUGACCCACCAUAUUUCGAACUUUGUGGUGAUGAACGAUACGGCGAAUGCGACCCUGGCCUUGGGUGGAUCACCUAUCAUGGCGCCCUGUGCUGCAGAGGCCGCCGAUCUAUCCAAGGUCGUGUCGUCGGUCGUGCUCAACAUCGGAACAUUGACAGAGUCGUUUGUCGAGUGCAUGCUCGAAGCUGGAAAACACGCAAACGCGCAGUCGAAACCGGUGGUUUUCGAUCCUGUCGGAGCGGGCGCGACCACGUUGCGCGAGGACACCACUCGCCGGAUCUUGAACGCUGUGCACGUCGAUAUCAUCAAGGGCAAUGCUGGCGAGAUCUCGACGAUCGCCAAGAUUGUUGGCUGCAACAGCGAGACCAUCGCCAUGCGCGGUGUCGACUCUAUCGGCAACGGAUUCUCCGACCCCCGCACUGUCGUCAAGGCCCUUGCCCGGCGCGAGAAAUGCGUUGUCGCUAUGACAGGAAAGAUUGAUUAUGUGUCUGACGGUUUCCGCAUCGUCGCUAUCGAGAACGGCCACGCCUACCAAGGCCGUAUCACUGGAUCCGGAUGUAUGGUUGCGUCCUCAAUUGCCUCCUUUGCCGCCAUCUCUCCUAAUGAUCAUUUGGCUGCCGCCGUUGCUGGUGUUUUGGCAUUGAACCUGGCUGGCGAGCACGCUGGCGCUCGUGACGAUGUCCGUGGGCCCGGCACUUUCAGGGCAGCUUUCAUCGAUGAGAUGGCCAAUUUGGAGCCGGAGCAGCUGGCAUCAGAGGCCAGGAUCUCAUUCGACUGAGAGAGCCCAAUUCUUACAUAGCUGCGAUGGCUAAAGUUUUGCAUAAAGAACGGACUGCUGCGUCGAAGGAACAGAACGUUUAUUUUACAUAUC